UCUUAAAACCCAUCGAAAACCCUCAAAACCCCUCGUCUCCUCUCCUUUCUUCCUCCACAGUGAAGUGUCAACACAGUGCGCGCGUAGCCAUGGGCACCCUCGUCGGCCAUGUCGCGCCGGGCGCCGGCUUCCUCCUCGUCGGCCUGUGGCACCUCUACAACCACAUCAGGCUCUUCCUGCUCAGGCCAACCGCCUACGUCGCGCCCGUCUGGUUCCCCGUCCGGCGAGCCCGCUACCUCGAGCUCGCCCUCGUCAUCGCCGGCGCCGUCGCGUCCAUCCUCAUGGAGCUCGUCGUCGGCCCGGCGAGGCACCAGCCGUUCGACGCCGACGGCACCGUGCCGUCCGACCACCUCCACAACUUCGAGCACGCGUCCAUCUCCCUCGCGCUGCUCGUCUACGCCGCCGCCGCCGCCGCCCUCGACGUGGCCCGGGUGCCGCACGGCCGCGCCGUGUCGCAGCUCGUCGCCGCCGUGGCGUUCGCGCAGCAGCUGAUGCUGUUCCACCUCCACUCGGCGGACCACGCGGGCGUGGAGGGGCAGUACCACCUGCUGCUGCAGGGCGUCGUGGCCGUCACGCUCGCCGCGACGGUGCUCGGCGUGGCCGCGCCCAGGAGCUUCGCGGUGAGCCUCGUGCGGUCGGCGAGCCUGGUGCUCCAGGGGGUGUGGUUCCUGGCCAUGGGCGUCAUGAUGUGGACUCCGGCGCUCCUGCCCAAGGGCUGCUUCCUGAGCCGCGAGGACGGGCACGACGUCGCGCGGUGCCGCGCCGACGACGGCGGCGACGCGCUCGCGCGCGCCAAGGCGCUCGUCAACCUGGAGUUCAGCUGGUACCUGUCCGGCACCGUCGUGCUCGUCGUCGCGCUCUACCUCCGGCUGUGCAGGCUGUACCCGGAGGAGCCGCGUUACAUGCCGCUGGUCAGGGGAGAUUGCCGCGACGACGAUGAGGACGGCGGCGGCGACGGCGACGACAACGACGUGGAGGCUGGGAAAGGUGGCGCCGGUCACGUCUUACGUGAGCCUUUGGAGAUCGCGCGGCCAUAAGCGAUAUAAUCAUCUUCCUUACUCCCUCCACCCUAUAAUAUAAAUAUUUUUAGCUAUAAAUCUGGACAAUUGUGUAUCCAAAUUCAUAGCUAAAAGUUGCUAUAUUUUGGGACGGAUGUAGUAUCUAAAAAGGAAAAAAAAGUGUUGGCUUGGUUGGGUCCAGUGCAAACAAACUAUAGUCUGUGAUGUAAAUGAGAUUGGUAGUUGCAGUCUUUGUGACUUGCAACUUGAGGGUACUGUGGAUUUGUGGUUUAUUAAUUGGUCA